AUGGUCGUUCUUGCCUUGUUUUUCGCCAUCGCGUUAUGUCCCAUAUACGUCCAACAAUACAAGUACGGACUGGGCGAUCACAUCCAGGACAUCCCUCCGCCGAAGUUGGCGAAGCAGAUGGAGUGGUUCUGGGUAUCAACAUGGAUCUACCUCACCGGCGUCGCCUUCGCAAAAAUCUCCAUCCUCAUCCAAUACAUCCGCGUCUUCGUCGGCACCAAAACGAUUGUUGCCUCGUGGGCCACCGUUGGCUUCAUCGUCACCUGCUGCCUCGUCUGCUUCUUCGGCGGCAUCUUCGCCUGCACUCCCGUCGAGAAAUUUUGGAACCCGACAAUACCGGGGAAAUGUAUAAACUAUUUGGCGAUUUGGUACCUCCACUGCGCCAUGGCCAUCGCGACCGACCUCGCCAUCGUCAUCAUCCCCCUCCCCACCAUCGUGAACAUGAACCUCGAAAGCAAGAAAAAGUGGAUCCUGGCCUUCACCUUCGCCCUCGGCGGCUUCGGCUGCGUCACCUCCAUCAUCCGCCUCUACUACCUCCGCUUCCUCACCCAGACGCCCGACCCCACCCACUACAACCCGAUCCCGGCGCUCUGGUCCGCCGUCGAGCUCGCCGUCGUCAUCGUCUGCGCCUGCCUCAUCACCCUGCACCCGCUGCUCGUCCACGUCCUCCGCCCGCUGAGGAUGUUCGCGAGCCAGUACUACUCGGGCGCCGGCGGCGCGGAGAACAACGACGACGAGUCCAGGCGCCGCCGCAGGCAGCAGCGGCAGCAGGCGCGCCUGCCGUCGUACGUCCAGGACGGCGCGGGCGUGUCCGAGGAGGAGAGGAGGGAGCGGUACGCGAGGGCGGUGGCGGGCUGGGAGGCGGCGGCGGGGGGGAAGAAGAGGGGGGGCGGGAACAACGUCGUCGUCGGGUUGGGGACGAUGCUGUUGGAGAGCGGGUGGAGCGAGGAGCGGUUGACGGCGGAGAGGGUCGAGGAGGGCGUGAUUAAGGUGCAGACGGGGGUGGAUGUGGUGACGGCGACGAUGACGACGACGGAUGGUGGGAGCGUGAGGACGUUGACGAGGGAGAGGAGUGAGGGGAGUUUUUUGAAGGAUGGGGAGGUGGAGGUGGAGGAGAGUGAUGGGGGGAAGUGGGUGGAUGUGGAGCUUGGUGGUGGUGGUGGUGGGAGGAGGAUGUGA